AGUCGCGCGCAUGCGCAGUGCUUCCGAGUGCCGCGCCGCGCCGCGUCGUGCAGCAGCAGCGCGUUCACGGUAAAUCUCAGUUCCAGAGUAGCGGUGCGCGCCGCAGCGGAGCUGCUGCUAGGGAGGAUGAGGCUCCCGUCCUUUGUUGUCGGAGCUGCUCUUCGCCCGUGAAGCGGUGCGAGCCGCACAGCUCGUCCGACGUGUCCCGCUGCCUGUCCCCGCGGGUGGCUCUGAGCCGGAGAGUCCGCCAACCCGUGGGUCACCAUGAGCGGGAAGAGCCUGCUGCUGAAGGUGAUCCUCCUGGGGGACGGAGGCGUGGGCAAGAGCUCCCUGAUGAAUCGCUACGUGACGGACCGCUUCGACUCGCAGUCCUUCCACACCAUCGGCGUCGAGUUCCUCAACCGGGACCUGGAGGUGGACGGCCGCCUGGUCACCCUGCAGAUCUGGGACACGGCGGGGCAGGAGCGCUUCAAGAGCCUCCGCACGCCUUUCUACCGGGGCGCCGACUGCUGCCUGCUCACCUUCGCCGUGGACGACCUGCAGAGCUUCCACAACCUCGGCUGCUGGAAGAAGGAGUUCAUGUACUACUCGGACGUGCGGGACCCGGAGCGCUUCCCCUUCGUCGUCCUCGGCAACAAGGUGGACAAAGGGCCGGAGCGAGAGGUGGGCGAGGAGGAAGCGCGCGCCUGGUGCCAGGAGAACGGCUGCUGCCCCUACUUCGAGACCAGCGCCAAGGAUGACACCAACGUGGGCGCCGCCUUCGAGGCCGCCGUGCGCGAGGUUCUGGCAGCGGAGGAGCAGCUGGACCACUCGCUGCUCAGCAGCGCCAUUGACCUUCACGGCAACCGCAAGGCCACGCGCUCCUCCUGCUGCUGAGGCGUCCCGGGGCCGCCAGCCCCCGUCCCCCUUCCUCUCAUGCUUGCGUUUUGCGAACUCGAGGCCAGUUGCGGGAGCACGUGGUGAAGCUUACGUAUUAAAUAUGCUUUGAAAGAGUACCUGUAGCGGAGGUUCCGUGCGACCGGUACUUGUUUCCACUUUCCGAAUGGGAAGACGGGUCUGCAGCGGGGCGCGGCGCACAUCUCCGGCCCUUCCUCUCUCCAUUUUUUCGCCCAGCCUGCAAGGGCUCGAGGUUAAGACCCACCUUUGCGCUCCUCCGGCGUCACGUGUCCUUUGGCACCCCAACUCUGCUGAAGCACAGUUCUCACACGCAGUCGGGGGUUCAUUUUAUUUCACUUUUUUACCUCCCUGGCGCACAAGGUCUUUGAAAAGGGACGUUAAAGCAUCUGCUUGCCAAAUAACCUGUCUGAUAAAAUCACGGGAUUCUCAUUUUCCUGCACGUCAGCUAAGCCCUGCACUAAACGCGAGGGGCUUCCUAGGGUUACCACGAGUUUAAUUAAUUAAUUUAUGGACUAGUGUUGCACCUUUUAGUUGUCUGCCCUUUUCUGUUUGCGAGGAAAAGCUGAAAAGCAGCAAAACGCACGGGUAAACUGUACUGUGUUUUUAGUGAUUUAGGAUGUCAGUGAUUUGUUUUUGAGGAAAAGGGAAAUGGCGUGUCUGUUUCACUGCACUUAUUUCGGUAAAUGAAUGAAAGGCGGGACGCGGUGCCACCGGUGGUACUUCUUUCUCUUCCUCCUUCGGGCCUUUAGUUUAGCGUGAUGAUUUUCCAUUCUGAUUUUUAAGCGGCACGAGUGCUUCUCUGUGCCUCUUGGGCAGGGUGUGCGCUUGUGUGAGCGCCGCUCUUUAUGGCGCAUAGUCAUUCCAGCUGCGGCUCUCCGGUACGAUCUACGUCAGUCUGAUAGUGCCUGUUGUUUGUUUGUGUGUGUGUGUGUGUGUGUGUGUGUGUGUGUGUGUGUGUGUGUGUGUGUGUGUGUGUGUGUGAUGUUUCAGAAAUCUCCGUUUCGGAACCAUUUUCAGUCUUUGUCCUUUUAAUGAUGCUUUCUUACCAAGCCCCUCUCGGUGGUUUCCUCUUGCAGCUCAAAAGCACCUACAGUUUUUAAGCUGAUUAUAGGCAUUCUUACCAAAUCCAUCAAACUGCUGUGGUUAAAUGUAGCACAGGUUCAAGGAACGGACUUGUAAUACAAACCGUUCCAAACAGGGAGGUGAGAAACCGCUGUGGCUAAGGACAUGGACUUGUACUCAAGAGGCUGCCAACUCAAGCCCCAGUAGCAAGGUACUCAGAAAUGUCUGGUGGUGUAAAUGUGUGAAACCGGACACUUUGAAGCCGUGUAAGUUGCAAUAGAAUAAAAGCAGCCUGUGAGCAGUCACAGUAGUAGUAAUAAUAAUAAUACUAAUAAUAAUACGUGAUUUAGCCUGCUGUUCGUCUCCAGGGAAAGCUUCAGAAUCCGUGAAGUAUGCAACAAAAAGCUGAUAAGUCUCUCUAAAAUAUGACAAAACUGGGAACUCUUUGAAUGCGGUCUGUGUUUCCGAGACUUUAAGGUUCCCGGGGUUCUAUAAAUAAGCCUGUUGCCUUUAUUGUCGAGCAACGAAAUCAUCACAGUUAAAGCAGCUCUCAGUUUCCGUGUUUUUCGUGCGGUUUGAGUCACUUUAAUUCAAUUUUGUCGUCGAUUCGAAGACGCAACGGCCAGUAUUUACUCGCGCAUUGCUUAGCGGCGUUGUUAUAAGGGCAUCACGGUGAAGGGAGGCGCGGUGUGGCGCAGCGGUUCACGAGCUUUGUCUGGGUACGAUGAGUUGCAGGUUCAGGUCUCAGGAGUGACGAAGCUGCCGUGCUGUAUGUUAAGGCACUUAAAUUCUUUAAUAUAUCAACGGAUGAGCAAAAAAGGAAUUAAAUGUAUAUCUAGGGAAAUGGAAACAUAGUAUUUGGUGUGCUGAGCAAGCGACCACUGAAUCAUAAGCUAAGCUGGACCCAGGGCUGCCUCGGUGUAUGGAUUAAGGUACGCUUUUGUAACGCGUGUCUCGCACUGCAUCGUUUCAAAUUCCACGAUGCACUGUAUAAAUCUUUGCAGUUAUGUCUUGUUUCUGGGCAACAUGAUGCUCAGCAGCCUGUAUGCUGUAGUAAAAUGCCACAUGAUCCUAGAUAAAGAUGAUAAUCCGGUAUCACAUGACCGGCAUCUGAUGGCUUUUUUUUUUUUUUUUUGUUUCAUUGGAGCUGUUCUGAUUCUUUUCAGCGUUCUAGUGGAAGACUUUAUUUUUUCUCAUUCGUUCUUUAUUACAAGAUGGACCAAUCUAUUCUGAUACUGUGUGGCACUACUUUAUUUUUGACUUAGUGCUUCAUUUUUAGUACGGGUUUUCUGUUACGGAAAUUCCUAAUAUCGUUUUUUUCACAGCCUCUUAGGUACCUAAUCAUGUCUGCCAGUUAAUUCCUGAAGUAUUGCACACUGUGAAAAUGGAAAGUUUUAUACGUGUCUUGAGCAACUCUGCGCCCGUCGUUGGCGUCAUGGUCCGUACAACUCUCGCAGAACUGAGGACGGUGUUUUACUAGAGUUUACAAAUGGUACAUUCCACUUAAAUGCUGUGAUUACUGGACGGUGACGGAUGUCAAAUUUUUUGCCGAUUUGCAUACCUGGAAGCAUUGUCCCUCUAACCUGAGCAGAUUGCGGCGUGCGGGUGUUUCGUGGGAACCGGGAACCGCGAUUCCGUGCUGUACGUGUCCGGUGCAGCAGCGAUGGACACUUUGCGUUUUUCCGGACGUGAGCCACGUGAGGCCUGAACAUCGAUAUUUAAAAGGAGCACCGUGCAGUCGUGAAGACUCGGACGCCUUCGCUUAGUGAAUGUCACGUCACCGUUUUUGGAGCUUAAAGUCGAACGUUAACACAACAGGUUAAUGUAGUGCAAAUUAAUAAUGUAAUUGCGCUCUCGUUCUUACCACCUACGCGUUUGUGUUUCGUCCUUGUCGGCGCGUUUCCUGUGAAGUCAGAGUUUACAGCAUCGUGUUUGGAAACGGUUUAUUUCCAUGAGGCUUGCCAACUGACACAGCAUUACGCUACAUAACAGGUACCGUGGGUAUAAAGAUGCCAUGAUUGUUCGUUUCGGCCCUCCUAAAAAAAAAAAAAAACGUGUAAUUACUGUACAAAUUGUGAGUGGGCUGCUCUGUUACUAAGAAAACUGCUUGCACUCUGCUGUAAGUGAUCUUUGUUACCCGUGAGCUGUUUGCAGACUACAUGGACAGCCUUCACCUCGGGUACAACCAGUACUGUCAAUAAAAUAAACAAACCGAAGCAGCGGUACGACUCUUUCUUUUCGCAGAAACUGAUUUUGUCUUCAUUUCGGGCCUGGUGUUUAACAUUGGAAGUCGCUUUGGAGAAAAUCGUCUGCCCGAUAAAUAAAAAUAAAUGUGAUAAGUUACGCUGGACAAUUAAAAUUAUACUGUGUAAUUAGAAAUGAUUUCAGCACAACCUUUUAUUUUCUCUGCACUUUUUGCACCGCAGUAGCCUGCUUGAAUUUACAUAAGUAUACUCAAAGUAGUUGCUAUUAGCUGUGUACAUAAAUACUGUAUUUCUUACAAAUUUAAGGAGGGAAAAACAGUAAGAGGGACCAGCGUUCUCAAACGGUGCUGUAGUGCCCUCUAGCGCUACGUUUGAACCAGUGAACAGCACUGGAAAUAUGGCUGUUCCUGAGGAAUAACCUGGGCUGCCACGUGACCUCCCCCCACCCC